AAUCCAGCACAGAUUUUUGCCCAGUGGAUUUGGGUGAUGUUUUUAGUAGUAAAGUGGAGUUCUAGAAUUGGGUGUGGGGAUGUGCAAAGAUCACAAAAGACUCAAAAAUCAAAUUUCAAAGACUAGAGAAAUAUUUAUUCCUUUUGGGCCACCUAUGGUUGUCUGUUUAUACUCUAGGGAAUGUAAUCAACAACACUUUGAGUUGGGUUUUACAGGGAAAUUGGUCCCAAAAUAAACAGAUCUGUAAGGGGUGGGGAGAGGAGGGGCAGGGUCCAGAAUUGCUGUUUUGUGGUGUCUGCCUGCCCCCUGCUGGAGAGCUGAGACAUGCUCAUUUCAGAAGGAUGGGGUCACUGGGUUCCUGGCUAAGGUUUCUCCCAGAACAAUAGGGACUGACCCUAUUGUGUGGGAAGGAUAGCAGAUGGUACCAGAGAAGGAAACAUCCAUGGACCCUUGAAAGGCACACGGGACAAAGGUAGACUGCUGGAUUGGGGCCCAGGUAUUGCCCCUGUCUGGGCUACUGCUCCCACAUUCAGGAACCAGACCUGGUGGGUGAGGACGCAUCCCUCCUGCCAAGUUAAUAGCUUCUUCCCCCAGUCAGGAAUAUAGCUCUGUACCUGCGGUAGCUCCUGCCCAGACUCUGCCUGUCAAAACCACCCUGCAGUUCAGGCUCAAGAGCAUGGUCACAGGAAGGUGGGGUUUCAGAGUACCCCCGAGGGACUUCCCCUCUCCCCAGAAUUCCAUGACGAAGGCCCAUAUGUUUGUAGGUGUGCUGGUCGUGAUGGGCUUCACAGUGGGAAAGGCUCCUGUUCCUGAAGUCCGGACCUGCCACCUCUGCCUCUUAGAAGAUCCUACUAUAGGAUGCGUUUCAGGCUCGAAGUGCACUAUCGGCAGCGCGUCCCCACGCAUGGUGAUCAGCAUCUGUCAUAGUGAGUACCAGGUUCGCUGCUUAACCCGAGGCUGUGGACAGCACGAGUCUUACCGGUGCCGAGAAAAACACCCCACCGACCCCCCAGAGCGCUGGUACUACGCCCAGUGCUGCCAGUAUGAUUACUGCAACUCCUGGUACAGCCCCCAGCUCCAGAGCUCCCUCCCUGAGCCCCCUGAGGGGUCCCUGGCCCUGCCCCUGUCUGAGUCCCAGAUCCAGUGGUUCUACCAAGCCCUGAACCUCUCACUGCCCCUACCCAGCUUCCAUGCUGGGAAGGAGCCUUCUGAAGGCCUGGACCCCCUGGCUGUCCUGCCCCUGAGUCUGAGUUUGUCCGUUGCUGACCUGCGCCGCAUAUACUGGUUCCUCAACAAUUCAGGACUUUUGGUUCUUCCCUGGGCUAGGCUGUGACGUCUUACCCUUCCCAGAUUUCAAUCUGGUCCAGCGUCUCUCCCCUGACACCCCAGCAUCAUGUACUGCCCUCUCAGAACACUCACACUUUCUGGUCUGUGAGUUCUCAGUCUUCCUUUCCUUUGUACUUCCAUCGUCUAUAUGGUUUUGGUUUAGUUUCCUCCCCAAAAAGCAGUUGGCGCUGCACCCAGUGCUCUUCGUCCACCUAGAAAAUAAUCUCAAAUGUGAAUUCUGCCUAGGCUGACCUGGGAAAGGCACAGUGGUUUCCUCAUCCCUUUCCUAUCAUCUGAGUGGGAUCAUCCCCACCCCCCAUCUUCCUGAUCCCCUCUCAAUCUGGCUAUUUCCACUCCUACACCUGUCUCUAAAACCCUGUGCCAGACUGACCUUGCAUCAAGAAGGGUGAGAGGCGGACUUUGUGCAGAUGUCCUGACUGGGCACUCUGGUGUUCCUACCUCACUGUCUCCACCACCCUCACUCCCACCUGGUCUCCUGCUGCCUUCUCUCAUCUCUUGUCCCCAUCUUUGGCUUCCACAGCCCCACUUCACGUCCCUGAGUCCUGAUACCCACUUGCACAGAAUCCCAGGGAGAGGAGAGGACCUGUCCUCUGCUCCGCAUUCUCCAGUUUCCCUCCACAAUAA